UUGGUUACUAAAGAUUAAAAAAACGAGUAUCCAAAAUUCAGAAGUUCUUUCCGAUGGGACACUCAGAAUUAAUUCUAAGGGUGAUUAUCAUGGGAAUGUUGGAAUAACUUGCACAGUGGUUGCUCUUCCUUAUAAAACUUAUUCACGUUAUGAAGAAGACAAAUUUACUGAAAAUAAAGGUCAUGAAUCCUAUUCAGCCUAUAAAUCUGCCCUUCAAGAUAUCGAAAACACCAUCAAAAAUGGCAAUAUUGACUUAACUACUUUAGCAGACUCCGGACUCUUUCUAAACGAAAGUUAUAUGAACGGUAUGCCUAGGGACUGCUUAGCCUGUGGUAAUAUUGACCCUAAUGAAACGCCGGUGGCUAAAUACUACCAAACUCACCUUAAAAAAUGCAUUUGGAGAACAGACCGCAUUAAUGAAUUCAAAGAUAAACAAAUCGCUUUAAUCGAAAGGAUAAUUACUAAAUUUAAUGACUAUAAAAAAGAAGCAAUUCAGGAGGUCAUCCAAGAAGCUCAAGAGAAAGGCGUCAGUGAAACCGAAUUAAAUACUACUCAAAUAGACAUUGAAAAUCUAGUAGCCGCCAAAAAGAAAAGUGGUGAAGAACGCCAACAAGCCGAAAACGAAACCAAAGCAAACGCUAAAAAAGAAGAAGAGAG